AAAGUCAUCAAUUGCGUCGGUAGUAUUUCUUUUCCUCAAACCCUCUACUUCGACCCAACUCAUUUUAUUGUACGGAUGCCAAACAUUCAAGGGAUAGUCCAUGCAAAAAAGAGUUUCUGGUGGUCCAAUAGAGGCAGAUGGCAUUUUCCAUAGAGUUUUGUUUGAUGUAUGUUAGAUGGUCAUUGUCAUGCCACUCGUGGUGCAAGAGAAAAGAAUCCCUGUUUGAGAUCACUUUGCGGAGAAGUCAUAGCUAACGAAGGCCUAUUGUUCACGRGGAAGCUAAACAGUCGGGUGCCGAUCUAUUUUGACAUGUCCUUCUAGCAACAACACAGUGUUUAUUUCACGAUAAAAGUAAACCUUUGUGCCAAGCCUUUCCGCAUGAGUCGGUGUCUUUCAGAGCUGCAAAAUGUCCUGCAGCUAAAGACCCUGAAGCCAAACGCAAGCGCUUUCGGAUGAGACUUAAAAGAAACAAUUGCUGGAACAAUAGAGUCUAAAUUGCGCGAUUUUCCUCGUUUCCAUAAUCCACAAGAAAACAAAGAGUCAUUGAGGGAUGGUUUUAAGAACAAUGGCGUUCGAUAUCAUUGGUGUUUUGUCAAGAUCCUGUCAAAUUUGAACUGUCAAUAUUCAAGUUGACAGACCAAGUGAUAACUAGAAAGCAGAAUUGCGCAUACGAGGGCCGCAGGAAAAAUACUAUGAAUUCUACUUAGCCACUAAUUAGAAUAUAACAAGGCAAAGCCUUCUGAUAGCUAGUGGCAUUUUCAAACAUACAUGAGUCGAGCAUUGCUUAAGCGUGCCACCAAUAACGCGCUGCACAAUCAGCAUUCGAACAGGUUUUUCGCUUGACAAAACAGAAUAGUUGGGUUCUGUUUUUGAAGGAACUCGGACAGCAGCUGCAGAAAGUCAAGGGAACCUCCCACAGUURAGCGCACCAAGACUUCGCAUAAAUUUCACGCAACACACAAACACUUGUACAUAAACUAACGUUCCGGGAGGGGAUCCUGGAGUAUAUUCGUGGUYUCUACUCGAAGAAGAGUAAUUUGGGCAGCUUGCGACAGCAAGUGGCGAAGCUAGUUGAUUUCAAUAUGGUUCAACAGUGUGCGGGAUGCGAACUUCCUAUAGCUGACAAGUUUCUUUUUAAAGUUCUUGAUCGAGUUUGGCAUGCUAAUUGUGUACRAUGUACAGAAUGCAAGUGCUCUCUAACCGAGAGGUGUUUUUCGAGAGAUGGUAAACUGUUUUGUAAAGAGGAUUUUUAUAGGCGAUACGGUACCAAGUGCUCUGGUUGURAGCAAGGAAUUUCGCCCAACGAUUUGGUUCGGAGAGCCAAGCACUUGGUCUAUCACGUUCAAUGCUUUGUCUGCUCAUUCUGUAAGCGAGAAAUUUCUACCGGGGAUGAGCUUUAUUAUAUCGGAGAAGGAAGUUUUAUUUGCAAAGAAGACUACUAUCGCCACCAUCAUCACAACAUCACUGAUGAGGCUGAAGAAGACCAAAAAGAUCUCAGUUAUGGCUUAGAUGAGGAUUUGGAUGCCGCUCUUUCGAGCAAGCGUCGCGGUCCACGCACAACUAUCAAGGCAAAACAGCUAGAAGCACUUCGCGCCACGUUUGCAGCGACGCCGAAACCGUCAAGGAGUAUAAGAGAAAAGCUGGCUCAGGAAACAGGUUUAAAUAUGAGAGUGAUUCAGGUUUGGUUCCAAAAUAGAAGAUCAAAAGAACGGCGCCUUAAGCAAUCUGGCGGCCAAACGCAGAGCUCUCGAUCCACAAGACCUUCUCGUAGAUCAAGGAGCUCACGACACGACAACCGUGAGGACCCCAACGAGAUGGAUUCAGAAAUACAGUCGCCGAAAACCCCUCACCUCGGCUACCACUCUCAAGAACUUUCGACGCAAUCGCCAAGGUAUGUUUCGCCGUCGAACUACAACGACUAUUACUCGCAAAACUCGCCUAUUUCGGAUGGAUUAUYGAUGAACAAUUCUCAAGUACAGCAAGUUGGGUCCGAGUUUGGUUCAUCGCCUAGAGUAAUACCUAACUCGAUGAAUGAUAUGCCGGCCGAAAUAAAUGGUUUAGCGAACGUGCGGCACAUCUCGAAUCAAAGUAUGAAUAUCGUAGGACCCAGUCCUGGUGGCGCGGGGUUUAACCAAGCCACCGAACCACAAGUUAGCCUUGUCAAUCCCGCGUCCUCAGAAGUUUGGUAGAAAGAACUGCCGCUAUCUGAUUACCAAUCCAGCUGCAACGCAAGUAUACUGCAAUUCGCCUAUCGGAAGUCGUAAAACAAAAGAGACAUCAAUAUUACCUCCGAAAGUGUGGUUAAACUUUCUGGCUGCUCCGACAGGCGUGGAAGGCUAAAAAUCAGUYUUAAAGAGUUUUACGUCAACCACAGAGGGAAAUAAGUGUCGUGAUGGCUGCGAUAUUGGACGAGCAUCGGCUAACGUAAUCUCGCUAUGCAUCUCGGGGGAGGAAAAGCUACUGGGUUCGUUAUCGCGGUGGUUUACAGAAAGAACGCUGUCUCCCCCGAGGGAAGCAUGCCGCCUUUGCUUUGAUCUAUUAUUGUACAAAGGAUUUUGAAAAGAACAAUCCAUACCAAGUCGAUGAACAAAUGCUUCUGAAGAGAAUAAUAAGAAAAGGAGUCUUAAACAUGCAGUUGUGUAAUAAAAUAUCAUGAACACUAGAAAAUUUAGAAUUAUACGGAGAACCAAUGUAAAUGAAAGAAUAUUUGAAUUUGUAAUAUUUAUGCAGAAAGAGAAAAUGUAAGCUUUUAUAUAUCAAAAUGCGCGGUAUGAAGUUAGGAUUUUUUAGUUGAAAUAGUAAUUAUAUUACGUUAUAGAGUAAGGAGGCUGCUUUUUGAACCAGUGAAUCAAAAGACUUCAAAAUGUACCAGUGUGAGGAGAUUAUCUAGAUAAAUAAAUAGAAUAAAUAGAAAUAGUGAUGUGGUAGAACACACAUUUCUAUGAAAUCAUUAUGAAUAGUGACAA